AUGUUCAGCCCACCUCAUUCGCCCUCUCUACAGACGCCUAUUGCGAGCCCAUCUACUUCGCACCCAUCUUUGUCGACCCCAAUGUCGACCGACAGCCCAUUAUCCGUUGCUCAAAGUCCACCAUCGGAAAAUACUAUUUCGGUCCAUGAUGACAAUCUUCAGGUUGUUGAUCUUGAAGCUUUAACACCAUCAUCCAGUGCGGGGAAGCGCCCUAUUGAGAUUGUUGCCACCACUGACUCUUUGGAGUGGUUUUCUUCAAAAGGCGGUGUUGUUUCUGCUACCUUGAAGAUCCCAAAAAUGAAAAACUUGGAGUAA